CGCAUCGUUAGUUUAGUUCCAGGACUACAGCUCCGUGAGAUUGACUCUAGCUGUACCUUGUCUAGUUCUUUCUGCUUUCAGCAUGCAUUUCAGUUGCGUAGUCGUUAUCUUGCUGGUUAGCUCGUUGUCGAAUGCACUCCCGUCUCCACACGAAGACACCGCUCCAACCUAUACAUUGCCUGCGGCUGCAUCCACUGAUGUGGCUGAAGCAAGCAAACAACUAGAUCAGCUUGCCAAAUUCGCACAACAGCAAGCUAGGAGUCUUCUCAAACAGGAACACAAUGGCGAGAAGCCUGGUAAAGGAAAAUGUACCCUGGAAAACGUCGCUAUCCGAAGGGAAUGGGGAUCUCUCUCCCCCAAAGAGCGAAUAGCUUACACGGAUGCCGUCCGCUGCUUCCAAAAGAAACAAGCAAAAACUCCCGCUUCUCUCGUCCCUGGCGCGAGGUCAAGGUACGACGAUUGGAUCGGAACCCACAUCAACCAGACAGUGUUCAUCCACUACAGUGGUACUUUCCUCACGUGGCACCGCUUCUUCACAUGGCACUACGAGCAAGCUCUCCGGAAUGAAUGCGGCUACACAGGCUACCAGCCCUACUGGAACUGGGCCCUGACCGCUGUGACCGGGUUGGAAGAGUCCCCGUUGCUUGAUGGCAGCGAUACCUCGAUGGGCAGUAAUGGCGAAUUCGUCCCCGGCCAGGGCACUGUCAUCUUCGGCGGCCCUGGACUUCCCGAGAUUCUCCUACCAUCCGGUACAGGGGGUGGAUGCGUUACGAGCGGUCCGUUCAAGGAUAUGACGGUCAACUUGGGUCCUCUUGCCUUGGGGUUGGCCAAUGGGUCUACUAUCGGCUUGGGCGAUGGACUGGGAUACAAUCCCCGUUGCUUGAAGAGAGACUUGACGACGUGGAUCAAUAGGAAUUUCGCAAAUGCCUCCAGCGUCGCCAGGGUGAUUAUCAAACCGAAGGACAUCUACGAUUUCCAGAUGACGAUGCAAGGGUAUCCAGGUUCCGGCGAUCUUGGUAUACAUGGUGGUGGCCAUUAUUCUAUGGGUGGAGACCCCGCUCGCGACGCCUUCGUAUCCCCCGGGGAUCCAUUGUUCUACUUGCACCACGCGAUGAUUGAUCGCGUGUGGUGGACCUGGCAGUUGCUAGACAACGAAAAGAGGACUGGUGCUGAGGGUAUAUCCGGUACGGGGACGUUUCUGGACACGCCUCCAUCUGCAAACACAACAUUGGAUACGGUGAUCGAUCUUGGCUUUGCAGCUGGUCCGCCUCAGACGGUGCGGGAUUUGUUGAGCACGACUGCAGGCCCCUUCUGCUAUAUUUACUUGUAA